UCAUCUCUCAUCACCCACCCAAUCACUUUGUUCCAAAACGCCAAAAAGCAUUACACAACAGCAGCAGCCAUGGCUGCCCACACACUCCUCUCCUUCUCAUCGCCUUCUCGCCUCCUCAUUUCUCCUUCAUCAAUUCCCAAUCCACCACUCGUUUCCUCUUUCCGCGGCGUCUCUCUCAACCUCCACCGUCCCCAAUCACUUUCCUUCUCCGCCUCGAAGAAGUCGCUAACAGUCGUUUCGGCCGCGAAGAAAGCUGUUGCGGUCCUAAAGGGUAACUCCGAUGUCGAAGGAGUUGUUACUCUCACCCAAGAAGACACAGGUCCUACAACAGUGAAUGUUCGUAUCACUGGUCUCACUCCAGGGCCUCAUGGCUUUCACCUUCAUGAGUUUGGUGAUACAACAAAUGGAUGCAUCUCAACAGGACCACAUUUCAACCCUAACAACAUGACACACGGAGCUCCUGAAGACGAGAUCCGUCAUGCGGGUGACCUGGGAAACAUUCUUGCCAAUGCCGAUGGCGUGGCAGAAACAACACUUGUGGACAAUCAGAUUCCUCUGACCGGUCCUAACUCUGUUGUUGGAAGAGCCUUUGUGGUUCACGAGCUUAAGGACGACCUCGGAAAGGGUGGGCAUGAGCUUAGUCUGACCACUGGUAACGCAGGCGGGAGAUUGGCAUGCGGUGUGGUUGGUUUGACGCCACUCUAAGUCUGGGUUAAGUGAAGUACUCUACUGUCUACUGUGUUGGUCUUGUCUGUUCGAUAAAAUUUUAAAUAAUGGUUGGCUUGAAUAAACUUUUGAUGUUUAUGUUCAUGGCAUCAAUAACUCUCUUUGGAUCUGUACUUUUGUGAAACUGGUUGUUACUUUUGGAUCAAAUCUGCAUUCCAUCGUGUUAUAAAACACUGUUUUUUUUUGGGUC